CCAGGCCUCCCAGUCGCCCGCCCGCGGGCGGCGGGCGACGAGGCGAGCAAAAGUGGUCUGUGCGCAUUUUUUUAGGUAUAUAUUCAUAAAAACUAAGAAUAUUCCUUACUUUAUAAGGGUCUAGGUUCGAUUCCUAGUAAAAGUAAAAAGUAUUGCAUUUAUUUUGUUUUACUUUUUUAUUUUUUUUUAGGUAACUACCUAAAUAGGCUAAGCGAGAGGUCUUAGUAAUCGCCUACUCGCCCGCCCGCCCAUGCCCGCUCUGCCAGCCCGCCCGCCCGAAGGGCCCGGGCGGGGGCGGGCGGGCGGUUGGGAGGCCUGCCCGUAUCCUUUUGCGCUCAACGAAUGCUACGAUGUCUACCACAUGCUCGUAGCCAGCAGGGGUCGGUGCAUCGGCCUCUCGGGAGAGCAAGCUCCCAAGCUGUUUGUGGCCGGCGAUGGUGCUGGGGGAGACUUAGCGGUGGGUAUGGUAUUCAUGGUGUUGCAGGCUGGAAGCGUAGAACUCCGCCACUGGCACAAUGCAAGAGCGUUGCCACCCCCAGAAGGUAUAAUCCUCUUAUAUCCGGCACUCGAUCUGAAUGUUGGGAAUUGGAUGACGGAAGACAAUUUUCAGUUCACAGCGGAGCUAAGACAUCGCGGAAUCAGUAAAGACAUACCGUGUUGUAAGGACGCCCACCGUGAUUCGCCCGUACUCGGCACGUCACAAUACUUCGAUGACAAGGAUGACGAAGAUGGUGGAGAGGCAGGGGACGCCAACGUCGAUCGUGCUUUCCUCCAGCGGGGAAACCAGAGGGACAGCGCUCCUGCGCCUCUACCUGAGGCUGCGUGUCAGGGAGCCCAGCUGGUCAUACCCUCCAAGAUAUCGUAUCUGAACGACCGUAUCUUGGCGCCUGAGUUGAUGCGUGCCAUGGUCAUUCUUUAUGUCGGGCCACACAACCGCCCUGACUUCCGCGUCGACUUCUUACUGUCGCCUUUGGUGGCGCCGGACUCGCUGCUAGCCAUGUUUCCAAAGACAUACUUCCUAACAGGCGAACGAGACCCAUUGGUCGACGAUACGUUGGUCUUUGCAGGUCGUCUGCGCCAAGCUAAAAUGACGGCAUGGCAGGAACGACUCGAGAUGGGCUUACUGGCCAAAGCUGAGGCGUGUGUGUUCAAAGUAUACGAACACGUGGAAAUGCUGCUCUUGCCUGGCAUCUCGCACGGUUUUUUACAAUUCUUAGCAUUCUUUCCAGAGGGCUGGGGCUAUAUUUCUAAGUGCGCACAAUGGAUGCUUGAUACGUUCCAACACGCAAUCCCUGAUGCCGACCACAAGAGGGCAACGACGACCGGAAAAGAUAGUAUUCACCCUAGCUGCGCGACAGAGAGGCGCGGUGACUGGCAAGAUACGAUUGCGGGCUCUGUGUACAGCUCCGAGGACGAAGAUCGGCCGCUGGAGAUUGCUAGAGCUUCGAGGAACGUCAGGCUUCACGUCAGGUGAAGCUAAAAGAGCUAGUAGGUAUGGUGAAUAGGGUCCUGCGCUGAGAGGCAGUCGAUGCAACUUCAACACGAGGGUCCAUUUGGAAGACCUUUUCGUCGGACAGAGGUUAGUCUGCUCGGGUGAGGAGUACAAGCCUAAAUGAGUCUUUGACCACCCAACUGAAACUACAACUGGUAGAAAUAUGUUUAGUGCUCAGUAUAUUGUACGUCCUUCCAGUGCCGAGGUUAAGGUUGCUAGUUUCAUCUAGAGUAACAAAUUAGCUUUAUUGAGAGA